GGAGGUAAUCCAAAUCCAGGCUCCCGUGGAACACGCACAAACACACACACAAACUCGAGUCACAGGACACCGAGAGCAAUGUGCAAAAGCCGGGUCCUUUUCGCCUCUCUCGGUGCGGCGCGCGCGGCGGUCACUCACGGCUCCGCUCAACAGGGAACGGAACACCACGGCACGGCACUCGACUCGCGGCUGGCGGGCACGCAACUGUUACUGUUGUGCUUGCGUUCGGCGGCGGUUCGGCUCGGGCUCGACGCGGGGCGGCCGUUCGGCUGCUUUGCCUUUGCUUUUGUUUGGCUUGCCGAGCGAGCGCGCUCGCUCCCUAGCAACGCGCUUAGCAACGCCGCCGGUUCGGGGAGAGGGGAGCCGUGAGAGCGAAGAGGCUCGCGCGCCACCUAUCGGUUGGGUUUGGAACUGCGUCCAGAUCGUCCAGGUUCUCCCCCCCCCCACCAUCACUUUCUGUCUUCUGCUACGGUCGCUAUGGCAACGGACAGCUUCAAAACAUAAACACAAGGCGAGACUUCGUCUUUCGAUCCACAUUGGAGACACCUUGUUAAUGGUUUUGUGAUUUUCAUCGUUAGAGUGAAAAUGGAGAAUGGUAUUUCAGAACGUCCGAUGACACGAGUGCGAAGGGAGGAUGGCGGGGUAUCUCAGGCUGGCACAUCACGACUGUACACUCAACAAUCACGACCUCCAACUUCUGCUGGACGAAUGAAUAGGCCUCCAUCAGCAAGACCGCCAUCAGCAGUGGGAAUGCUCAGUGCUAUACCUCCCGGCACAGCAAGUCGAUUGACAUCAGCUAUGCAGUACCAACCACCACCUACUAGAGCUGGUUCCUCAAUGGGGCGACCUCCAUCCACAGCUAUGAAUGUGCUAGACAGACCAGUCACACAACAAGGUCUGUCUGGUCUUCGAUCAGCUGCACCACGAGGACCAAUGCCUCGCCAAAUACAAGACAAGCGUUAUUUUCAAGGCCUAAUUCAGAUGAAGUCAAGAGAAAUAGGUGCUGAAAUUCAGAAAUUGAACAAUGAGCUUGAAGCUUUAGGAAAAGAGCAAUCAACAUAUUUGACUUAUGAUCGUCGAGCAAAGGAAAUGGCUCAGGAGUUAACAGAAUUACAAGGUAAAUUAGCAGACCUGAACUUAGUUGUUGAUAAAUUAAGCACCGACACUUCAAAGGAAGAUGUCGAACUUGAAACCAAAGAAUUGAGAGGUGUGAAUGAAAGACGUAAAGCUGCUCUGGAACAGAUCUUUGAAGAAAGACGCCAGAGGGAGGCCCAAAUAACUCAACUCGAAAAAGAAAUACAACAGGAAAGGCAGAUGGCUGAUGGACUAAUUGAAGCAAUGGAUCCACCUUUGCGCCAAAAAUAUUCCCAAUUAGGUGAACAAAAUCAACAACUUCAAAUGGCCAUGGAUCAGUUGCAAACUAAACUUGAUGGCUUAACAUCAAAGAAAGCCACCCUUGAAGAUCAACUUUCAAUGUCUCGUGUAAAACAGGAAGCUGUGCACUUACAUGCUCGUUUAGCAGAGGCUGAAAGUAGGCGAAACCAGCUUGUAGCUGAGGAACAAACACGUGCAUCUCCAGCCCAGGAGAGAGAGACCUUAUUGCAGCAUGUCAAGGAGGACAAUGCCGAAACAGCAAGUAUGGAGCGACAGCUUACAGAACUGAGAGAGACAGCAAGAAGGAGGCAAGAAGAAAUAGACUUGUUGGAUCAGGACCUUGAGGAGAGUCAGAGUGAGCGUCAUCAGAAGUAUAGGGAACUGAGGCGGAGAGAAGAGACAAUUGAGAGUUUCUUGGCAACAUUUGAGGAAAAUCGAUCUCAGGAAACAGAAAGAAUUGAGCAGCUAGGAAAGGAGGUUGUCCAGAAACUUCAAGGUCUGGCAAAAGCUGUAACCAGAGUGGCUCAUGGGUUACCAGACAAAGAUACAUUAGGUGCCAUCCAGGAAUCAUUGUCAUUGAAUGAAACAGAGCUUGACCGAUCCAAACAGACAAUUGAAUCUCUUGCAUCACAGCAAGCACAACUACAAAUGAGUUUAGACAAGGUAGCUGAACUAGAAACAAAGGCAAGACAAGAAAUGGUAUCCCUGAGUGAAAAAAUGAAAACCAUGGAAGGAGAACUUCCCAAACUAAGAGACCUAGGUUCUCUCAGAACUGCAUGCGAGGCAAAAAGAGAAGAACUACUAAAAAAGAAGGUGAAACUGCAACAAACUUAUGACAUUGCUAAAGCGGAGCGAAAAAGAAUACAAGAACGUCAUGCUGAGUUGAAGAAGCAGCUUUCAGAAAAUGAAACAUAUGCUCAACUCAGCAACUUGGAGAGAAAAUUGACACUGUUGGAGCAGAACAAUUUUGCAAUAAGAGAGUUUGUUGCCUCCAAGAAAAGUGAAACAGACUGUGGACCAGUUAAAGCAGAAGCAUGUAAAACUGUACAGUCAUACAACAAUAUUUUAAAGGAAUCAUUGAGGCCUAGUCCAAACAUUGCUUUUUAGACUAUGGCCCCCU